AUGGGGCCACCCACGGGAGAGCGACAUCUGUGCCACUGCGGGAGAGGCUUUCUUAGAAAAGAGCAUCUCCGUCGGCAUCAGGCUACCCAUGGCAGUCCUUCCUUCACGUGCCAUGUGUGUUCUCGAUCGUUCAGCCGCAGUGAUCUCCUUCGCCGCCAUCUGACGCUACACGAUGGCUCCGCCCCCUCGGAUUCUAAACGAGUCCGCGCAUGUGAUGCAUGCCAUGCCAGCAAGAUCCGAUGCGAUGGAGGCGUUCGGUGCUCUCUGUGCACCAAGCGAGGCAUAGAUUGUGCCUUCACGAGAGGCCCUGCCCCUAAUGGUAAUAUUGCGGCCAAUCCGCCUCAAGGUAGCGCCUCGUCCUUGCACUCGGGUCAUGGAUCCCGCUCCCCAGAUCCUCCCAGAUCGGCCCCCACAGACGCCUCAGCCUCUACCGGUGGCUCUCAGCCUGAUACAAAUCAUGCUGUACCCAUGUCUUAUACCAUGAACGGCACGGCACCGGUGAGCCAGGGGACCCAGCAACAAGACGCGCCCUCCAUUGCCAUUGAAGGACUACAGCUAGUACUCGAAGCUGUUUCCAGGCCAAGGUCGUCAGGAUCGUCAAGGCUUCAGCGGCCACCAACCCCAGAAGUGAAAAAGUGGUCCGCGUCGUGUAUCAAGUCGUACAUGGGUCGUUUCCAUGACCGGUGGCCGGUACUGCAUGCUCCCACUUUCGAGCACGAGGUAGAUUCCGUUACACUACGAAGCACUGCCAUUAUAAUAGGCUUUUGGCUGCAGAAUGAGAUUGAGGACAAUAGUCUUGUAUUCGACAUACAUAGCAUUCUCGUCAAACGCCUGCUCGACGAGUUGACAGAAUCCACCGCAGAUCCAAAUGCCGUCUGGCCUCUCCGGUCACUCCAAUCAUCCCUGUUGAACAUCAUUUUCGCAUUCGAAAGCGGACGCGAGAAAAACAUGAAAAGGGCCCGUCUUCUCUUGAGUCUCCUCAUCACUGUAUGUCGACAACUCAGAAUCUUCACCGCCGAUGCCAUCGAUCAUCAAAUAAGGAUUCACUUCAGCGGCGACUUCCCCCCCUGGGUGUUUGCGAUGAAGGAGAAAUGGAAAAGACUCGUCGCAAACAUGUUCAAACUCGACACAUACAUAUCUCUGCUCACCCAGCAACCCCCGUCUCUGCAGCGCGAAGAGUUGAGUCUCAGCCUUACAUCCACAUUCGGCCAAUGGAACGCCUACGGCCUCGACGUCUUCUUCAGGAGAUGGCCCUCGGAGCCCAUGGAACGCGCCCAGUAUAGGAUAUGCGACCUCGCGCUGGGAUCGCAGCAACCAAUCUCGCCCGUCAUCCUCGUCGAGGACCUGCAGAUUCGCAUGAUGGGCGUGACCAACUAUGUCUGGAUUCUCAACAAGAUGCGAGGAAGCCCAAACCCAAACCUAUGCGUAUCCAGCGAACAAAGGGAACUGAUAUCAGGCCGUCUUAAGCGUUGCAAGCUGCAGCUCGACGGCAUGACCUCCAUAUGGAAAGAGCCGGAACAGCACAAGAUGCACAUCGACUUCCUUCUGAGGGCCUACUCGGCCAGGGAGGAACCCUUCCACGAGGACUGGCAGAAACCCGUUCGGGACCGCUUCUUCUCCUUCGUCUUCAGCGCCACCAUGCUGUACCAUCUCCUCAACAUGCACAUCUACGCCGACGUCCACAGCUACAUGCAAAGCCUCCCCGUCGUUUCUUCCCCAGGCGUCACCCCGGCCAACCUCUCCACCACGCCCCCCAUCAACAACGCCGAGAUCCACGAUUGGGCCACAUCCCAGGACGCCCGGAUCGCCGUCUCGCACGCCAUCUUUGCGUAUCGCGUCUACGGCUCCACCACGUCUCCCUCUGACCUCAAAGCAGAGGUGGUCGAUCCCAUCGCACACAUGACCAUCGCGGCGGGGGCUGCCAUCCUGUGGACGUGGAUCCAGAACAACACGUCUGCAUGUACUUGCAUGAAUCUGCCCGUAGGUGGCGAGCUAGACUUUGGAUUUGUGCCGUUGGGGGCUGGGAAGAGCCCCGAGGUGGACCAUUGGAUACGGAACGGAGGCACCAUCUGGCUGCAUGGAGUCCAUCUGUGCAAGUGCAACGUGGACGUUUGGCUUUCACCUUUUGCGGCGAUUCUAUCCCACGGGGCAAAGAAGUGGGAGAUAGGAAAUGUGUUUGCACAGAAGCUGUGGUCACAACUUGGACUUCAACGGUCUGUUUAA